AUGGAUACUGUAGAUGAAGAUCCAUCCGAAACCCAAUUACCGGAAAUUGUUGAUGAAUUAGAUUAUCAAUACAGAACUGCAAACUGGCUUAUUAAGACCAGAGAGCCAUUUUGCCUUGGAGAUGAUGUGAGAGGACAACUUAUGUCUCUCUUACGCAAACAAAGUGAAUUUUCACGGACGUUGUUUAAAGAUAAAGGUGUUUUUAAAGUUCCGUUUAAUGAAUCUAUGCUAUUUAAAGAAGACGGAUACGGAGAGUAUGCUUUAGAUUGGUUUCCUCCAAGUGAUCAAUCAAUAAUCCCAACCAAUAUUGUUGUCUAUGUUCAUGGAGGGUAUUGGCAGUUGGUUGGUUGGGAAGAAUCCAGUAGUUGGGCAGUUCCUGUUACAAAUGCUGACAGUAUAUUCGUCUCUUUGUCUUACAGGUUAGCUCCAAAAGAAAAAUUGGAGGCGAUGCCACAAAGCCUAUGUCUCGGAAUGCAAAAAGUUAUAACUCUUACGCAUAAAAUGUUUGGUAACUUAGAUUAUACGAAGCUCCGCAUAACCCUAGUUGGACAUUCUGCCGGUGCACACUUAGUUCUGGAAAUGUUAUAUUGGGCUCAUAUGGAACUCAAAUCAAACAAUAAUUGGCUAUGCUGUUUGCAAAACCUUGUUUUAAUGUCAGGAGUUUAUGACCUACGUCCAAUUAUCCACACUUACGUAAAUAAAGCAAUAAAGUUCAAAACGGUUGGGGAGGCUUUGUCUGUCAGUCCAAUCCGACACUUCAUGCAAGACGGUCCAAAUCUACUGCUCAGUAAAUCACUUCAUUGGAUUGUUGCUUGGGCAGAGUACGAAUCACCAGCUAUGAAGGAACAAUCUAAAUCCCUAGCGGACUUGUUGAGUAAUGCAUCAAGAAGUGAACAGGGUUCACAUUUGCAAUUUACCUAUGAAACGUUUUACAUGUCAAAUGAAGAUCAUUUUACUUCACUCCUCGGUCUGCAUGAUGGUCCAACUCACAGUGCCAUCCUCAAAAAAAUCAUAGACCUGAUUAAAGCCAAGCCUAUUUAG